UUCAUCUGUGUUCUAUGGCAUGCAAUGGGUGUCGUCACUGGUUUCAGAAGUCUGAUAAGAACAAUUCGGGCCAUGUUAUCGUUAGUUGAAAACUUCAACACGGCAAAAGGCGUCACAAACAAUCAAGAUGGCGAUACAAAUGCACCUUUUGCUCUACCUUUUUUGUGUGGGACUGGUAUGGACAAAAGAUAUCGACUUUGGCGACCCAGCCACCUGCACCCUCAACAGCAACAAGGAAUGUUUGGUAGACUUGAUAGUCGAUUGCACUCAGCAACUAGACCUAUCAGGAUUUAUACAGAGCCCUAACUUUCCUACUCCGAUGAGUAGUGAACAAGGAGGAAAGUACCAAGUGACGAUUUCUUCGUGCCCGAAUUCGCAAAUCUCGUUGACUCUGACGGACGAAAACUUUAUUCUAGCAACAUCAUAUAAUAAAUUUUCCGUCGGAAACGGCCUUGUACUGGAAUCAAACAAAAUUCCACCCGAAUUGUAUGGCAACGGGAGUGAGAAUGAACUUCCAGAAGGUGUGCCAACCUACCAGUACCAGAGUUCAGCCAAUAGUCUUUGGAUGGUGGUCAACGUUCUGGAGUAUCGCUCUAUGUUCAAGAUACAAUACAGCGUUACCCUCUUAAGUUCGAACGUCCACUACUACAAUGAAAGUUCAGGAAACAUGACAUCCCCCGGUUAUGGGACAUCGUACCCUUCGGAGGCGACAGAAGAUAUUCAUGUUAUUGAUGUCACGUCAGUGGCAGGAGAUUAUGUUGAUCUUUUGCUCACCGUCAAUGUGCUGGACAUCAAAGGCAUCAACGGCGACUACAUCAAACUCGGACCUGGAUCGGAUUAUCAAGUAGAAACUAACGCGGCGCUUAUUUCAUGGCAAAUCAACAAAGAGGUCCAGUUUCUCGUCGACGGACCUAGGGCCCAUUUAGUCUUCUACGUUUCAAGAGCUGUUGAAGGCGACCAGCAGCCAUCCGCAAAGGGAUUCUUCAUCUCCUACCAAGUGAUUGAAAAGAAUUUGACAACACCAGCACCAUCAACUACCCUUCUUCCUACCAGCCCUACGCCAUUGCCAUUUGAUCCAGACAUUCUUUUAACUGAUAUCGUCUUCCACGAAUAUGUUGGUGCUACAGCAGCUGUGCAGUUAGCUGAUAUUUUACAGAAAUAUGCCCAGUCGUCCGGGAUGUUAGACGAAGGUGAAAUUUUUCCAAGUUUAAGUCAGCCGGGUACUGUCGACAUAGUAGAAGUGGAGAACUGCUACCAUGGAUGGAAUGUCGACGUGACGAUGUGUGGUCUGACGCAUGUGAUUGUUCGAGCCUUCUACCAAAAAACGAACGAAUCCGAGAUCAUGUACGCCUUCCCAACCGAUAAAACAAAGGCAGCUGUUAGGGAGUAUGGCCAUGUUUAUCAGAUUGUCUUACCGGAAGACUUGCUGGAUAUGUAUUGGAUCACGGUCGGUGCUCUCGUAAUCUUCAUCGUCGUCAUCAUCCUUGCAUUGUUAAUCUUCUGGCGUCAGAAAAUCCGUCGCGAGGCUACUAAACGAAGCAAGUAUCACGAGAUUGGAAAUAGUAACGGAUCCUCAAGCACUGAAAGUGGUAUUGCUAUUAAAGGCACGGGUGCUAGUACGGGCUACGAAACCUAUUCGGGCAAGGAUAAUCCCAAUUUCGUUCUUGAUGAAGAAGAAAAUGGCAAGCCAGUUCUUGUCUACGACCCCGAGAAAGCAACUUUUUAUUCUCGGUCCAGUUACAAAUCUGCUCCGUACUCUAAAGAACUGGCUUCAGAACCUGCUCGAACUGCCGCUGUAAUCAACGUUUCGCCCAUCACCAGCAACUUCCAGCGAAAAGCUGCCUUAAGUAGUCAUGCGAAGAAUGAAGGGGAAGAUAUGUCGUCUAUUAUGCCGCCUCUUUCCACCACAGUCAAACGUGGAAUCUUGAAGACCAAUUCAGUCAGUAGUCCGACCAUUCUAGAAUUUCCAAGCUCUUUUAGCGUACCUGUGGAAGAAAUGGAAGAUGUUGUACUUUACGAUAAUAAGACUUUAAAAACUAUGCAACAACGCCGCUAUUCACCUGCAGCGUCGUCGUCAUCGGACACUAUCAUAUCAUCGUCGCAGUCCAGCAGAGGCAAUUCCAUCUCAACAGAUGAACAGAUUGGUUCCCAUGUUCUAUAUGGUAUCACUUUGGAUCAACCGUAUUCAGAUGGGGAAGAUGAAACGGACCUUUAAAAGAAGUUCUUGGAAACCUGGUGCCUUAAUUUCUGAUUCAUACGUGAUUUUUACUACUGAAAUUUUACGGUUUUGCAAAAUUCUCCAAAAAUUUGACAUUAAAUUUAUA